AUGCUCGAGGAUGAAUAUGACCGCGACGUUCUGGACUCGUUCCACUCCAUUGACUGUUUUAAUGGCUACAGGCUCGUCCGUGAACAACUGGAUGCAACAAUUACUCAGCUUCGAAGCAUAGAUGAAAGCUUAAAGGAAGAGUUCCUAACGAGCAAGAAUACCUUUAUGGCCAACAUUAUAAAGGGUAGAACAAACGUCUUAUACCGCAAGCCCAACAAGGCCCAUAGCAACAAGGGCCAAGGUCAAAGCGAUACUAGACCACUUAUUGUGGAGAUCGAAACCCCGGAUAAUCCCCAGCAGGAUCGUGCUCCUUGGCGUCUAACCGAACCGAGUGGGAUAAUUGCUCUAACAGCGGCGAACGUGUCGAGGAGUACCGGAGCCCCUGAAGUACCUCAUCCAGAUUUAACUCAGUCAGAUUCAAAACAGACGGAGGUACUCCCUCGAGAUGCUGAACAGUCGGGUGCUGAAAAGUCAGAUGCUGAAAAGCCGGAUGCUGAACAGAGAAAGAUGACUGACAUGGACCAGAGCCAGAGCGACGGGAAUCUUGUGGUGCGGAAUCGCCCUGCAGAUGGUAGCACAAAUGGCAGUCACACCAUAUGUGACUCCCCGGCAGGUGUGCAAGCACCUUCCGCUGUGGAACAGAGUAGCAGCGAUGCGACGACACACCAAGUGAAGUCUGCGUUAUCGCGCAAAGACAAAGCUCGCCCGCGGAAGUCGGUGUCUUUUAAUGACGACCCUGCUCAAAAACGGGGCCCAGUGAACGGCCGUGGACAGCCGUCUGGCGUAGUUUCCCACCCCCCUUCUCGCAUACAUGAUGAGACUGAUAUUGCUCCAGAGUGGAAGUCGAUAUCGAAAAAGCAAGCACUAAUGAUGAGCUUUCUGGAUUCCGCGGAUGUGGAGUUCUACCAGUAUGAAGCAGAAGAAUAUCAACGGUGUUUCAGCGGCAUGGAAGAUCUCUAUGACUUCCCGGAAACGGAAGAAGAACUCAGCCAAUUAAUUGCAAACGAAGAUGACCAAUGGCUUGACGACUAG